ACUAAUUCGACAUAGGUCACACUGAGACGGGCAUUAGAAGUCUCACAAAAUUAUAUGCCUCUCCCUCAGGAUCUAUUUCCGCCGUCAUCUUCAUCUUCCUUUGCGUGUGUGUGUGGGUAAACAUAUGCUAUUAUUGUUUCUUUUAUCUCAACAUAAGAAUCCCUGAUCAUUCUUUCUGAUUUUAGGUGAUUUCAGAAAUCCAAUUACAUCUUUCAUUCUCUCAAAUUCAAAACCAAGUGUAGAAAAGAAAGUUUUUUGAACAAUGGAGGAGGUUACUGAAGGAGUUAACAAUAUAAACAUUGCCGGUGGUGGCGGCGACGGCGGCGGCGGCGAUCUUCAGAAAAAGAAUCGCAUUCAGGUUUCUAACACCAAGAAACCCCUUUUCUUCUAUGUCAACCUCGCCAAGAGGUAUAUGCAGCAACACAAAGAAGUUGAGCUCUCUGCACUUGGAUUAGCUAUUUCCACUGUUGUCAGUGUUGCUGAAAUUUUGAAGAACAAUGGAUUUGCUGUCGAAAAGAAAAUCACCACAUCCACUGUUGAGAUAAGAGAUGAUUCAAGAAGCCGCCCUGUUUCGAAAGCUAAAAUCGAAAUUGUUCUGGGAAAGACGGAGAAAUUUGAUGAAUUGAUGGCAGCAGCUGCAGAGAAGGAAGCUGCAGAUGGUGCCGCAGAGUAGAGACUUGAAAUGGACUUGUUUUUGUCGUCUAAUGUCCUUCCGUUCUUCUUGUAUGUCUGAGAGUUUGGUGAAGCUAGGCAUUGGCAUGCUAUUUUGUUAGCCAACGAUGUGGCAGUGAGCUGUUUUGCUAUUUAGAAUUAAAUUUUGGCGUUUCAGAUCUCCUGUACUGUUUUUCUUUGAACAUCUAACUUGAUGAUGAUGUACUACUGGAGUAGGGGAACAUGAGUGCAAAUAUGUUUGAUUUUCAUGAAUCUUAUUCUCAAUUGUGCUAGUUAUUUUUUACCUCACCAAUGCAAUACUACCAUG